UUUUGUCUUUUUUUUAGCAAAAUUAAUAAGUACGAUUUACAGAAUACAGAAAGUAUUUUAGCAUGUCUUCUGGAAGCUUUACCCUUUAUUAUCAUUGUUAUUGUCUUGUCUUUGUCCGCUACGUACAAUUAUAUCGGCUUGCCGAAACAAACCGAGACAAACCGGGCGCAAUCACGUCAUCAACAGCAUCUUCAACUCCCAGAGCACGUGUAAGAGAAACCGCAACCAUUCACAAACCCUCCUCCACUUUCGACGUGUGUCCUCGCCCUUCCAUCCAAACAAUCACGCCUCCAAAAAUAUAAAAUGGGCUCCCAGCAAUCCGUCCCCGCAACGCAAGCCACGACAAUCUACUUCGGCUACGGCAGCAACCUCUGGCUUUCGCAGAUGCGCUCGCGCUGCCCGACAUCGAGCUACCUCGGAAUCGGACGCCUUGAAGGCUACCGCUGGCAGAUCAACGAGCGGCACUACGCCAACAUCGUUGAGACACAGUCAGCUGAUGAUGUGGUAUACGGUCUGGUGUACGACCUGCCGCCAGCAGACGAGGCGCUGCUUGAUCGCUAUGAGAACGUACCGCACGCGUACACCAAGGAGAACAUGUCUGUUGAUUUUUGGCUCGAGGGCGGCGGGGUGCGAGAGACAGAUGACCGGGCCGUGCUGGGAAAUGACCCGGAAGCCAAGCAGAUGCUGGUGUAUAUCAGUCGGACUAACGUCACCGAUAGUGAUCCGUACAAAGAGUACAUUGGGCGCAUGAAUAACGGGAUUAAGGAUGCGGUGUCUCUGGGUGUGCCGCAGGAGUAUUUUGAUGAGGUCUUGAGGAAGUUUAUUCCAGCGGAGGAGCAGGUCGAGUUCACAGUGGAGACCAAGAGAUCGAAACGGACGUUGAGGGACGCACAAGAUGGCUCGCCAUCGCCUUAUCGCCAUUUGGCUCCGCUCAUGGAUACCCGUCCAUAGGAUUGCAUCCACACCACGAUCAUGACGGCGAUUCAUUGCUAGCAUGGAAUUGGUGUAAAUGUGUUUCCUAGAAGUAGAUAGAAAGAUUGACCUAAUAUCCACCAGACAACCCGUGUAUAGCAAUGCAGUAACCCUUCUCAG